AUGUCCGUGUACGGCUUCAAACGAAUCGACAACCUGCCCGAGUACAUGAACUUUUCGUACUCUUUCAACGUGCUCACAGUGUUCGCCGUCGUCACCGCCACGUACAGCCUGUUUUCGUUCGGUGUCAACUUGAAAAUGAUAUUGUUCUACGCGAAAAAUCGGCACUCGGAUGCGAUGAAAAACAGCCUGAGACCCGAUGUGCUUCGGCUGUUUCUGCUGAUGCAAUUAUGGAAUGCCUUUCAUGUUUUAUUGGACUUUAUGGUCGUGCGCAUCCCAUUGACGUCGGCUUUUACUUCAUUUUGUGCCUGGUCCAAACCGGACCUUUUUCUGAGCAUACUCUCGUUGCUCUUCACCGGAUGCGUCUACACUUGUCAUCUUUUGACGCUUCUCUUCUGUAUUCUACGCGUCGCUUUGUUGUACGCCGUCGAAUAUCAGAAGGAGGUGAGUAACUGAAACGAACUAAAAAUUAGUACUGAAACUACUUAUAUCAUUGGAUAUAGCAGAAAAAGGGUCUUCAGGUUGUACACAAACAAUCAUAUUUGGUUCUGAUCUGGCGCCUCAAAGUACUGUCCGUCGCCAUUCUUUAAAAAUCCCUCAUUUUUAGAUACAUAUAUCUCGAGAUCCGAUGAUUAUUUUAAAAAGUGUUCAACUGAAAAGUUGUCGUAAUGUUUGAGCUCAACAACUUUGUAGUUUACCAUUUUAUUCCAAAACCCGUCACUCUCGAGAUACGGUCUAGUUUCUAAACAGUAUGUACUAGAGCGACGAGAAAUUCAUCAGGGAGAAUAGGGCGAGGAAAAGUGCUCUGAGGUCUUAAAUCAAGUCCUAAUGAUGAUUUAUGGGAAAAUAAGGUAAACUCUGUCACUUCAUCAGCUCUGAUUUUGAGACCGUCUCGAAGAUCUUCAACGUGCUCGUUCCCCUCCUUAUCCUCCUCGGCCACUCCCUCGGCGUUCCCCAAUUCCUCAUCGCCGACUCCUCCUGCUUCCAGAUGGCCGAUCCUUUUCCGUUCGGAGCCGUCGUCAUCACGUCAGUGAGCGGUCAGAGCGGAAUGGUGAGUCAAACAUCGGGUUCAUCAAGAGACAUAAUAUUAAAGUCCACCUACGCGAUCGUCUACGUUAUAUGCACCCAAACAACUGUGAUCUUGCUCGUCAUCUCCACAAUUUUGAUGUUUGCAAAGUUGCAAGAAAAGCGCAAAUCGUAAGUUGUGACCCGGGUAUUAAUGAGAUUUAGUCAAUACAUAGGUCAUAAACUUACAGCAGUUCGGAACUCCAUCGAAAGUACAGCUCGAAGGCGGAGAAGACGCUCACCGCUACGAUGAUUCUGAUGGUUCUGCCGGUUGUUAUGCCGGAAGUGCUGUCGCUUGUUGACAUCUUCGAUUACACCUACUAUUCCUAUCUUUUUCUACUUCGGGUCGUCUGUCUGGACGCUCGUGCGCACGUCGUUUCUUGUUAUUUCUACUUCACACAUCCGAUUUUCAGGCCGAAACCUGCCGCAGCAAAGGUUGGCUGGUCCGGCUGAGAAUUGA